AUGAUGAUGAUAGAGUAGAUUGCACAUAAUGGUUUGGUUUUUGAAAUGAUAGUCAUCAUAAAAAUGAAAAGAUUUAUCAUGAAAGAGGCGAUUUAUUUUGAUAAUGUAUUUAUUUCAAGAUAGUUAUUUUUUAUUAAUCCUAUUAAAGAAGAAAAAUGUUAAAUCAUGAAAAUUAAUAAAUUCCUCAAAAUACAUCUGAAAUUACCUCAGACUAAGAGGAUUAUUUACAGAAAACGAUGUAUCUAAUUGAACUGUUCGAGAGGUUAUAAGAUUAGAUUUAGGAAAUAAAAUAACCAAGAACUAGUAUUGAGUUAAUUGAUGCUAUUUCACACCUUUUUAAUAACCAAGAAUUAGAUUAUUAACGAAACCAUCAAGCUUGCCCAGAUUUCAAAAGUGGUUAUAACCUAUAAGAAAGUUCUACUCUAAAAUAGAAUUCAAUAAUUUAAACACCAUCAGGAAUAAUCUAUGGGUGUUGUUGUCAUAAAGAAGGAGAUAAGUUAAAGAAGUAUUAUCCUACUCCUUAAGCACUUGGAGGACACAUACUGUAGGAGAAAAAAAGAAUGA